GGGGGCAGUCAGGCUGUACCAGGUUAUGCUCCCAACUGCUGUUUUUGUGGCUAUGGGACUGACGUUGAUGGGAGUUCACAGGUUAGUUACCUACAUCUUUGUCUACGAAGACCUGCUGUCCUUGGCCUGCGGUGCCGUUAUCAUCUGGUAUUUUGCCGGCAGCUUUGAGAAGAACGUUGGCACCGUGAAGCACUGCUUCCUCACCCUCGCCUUCGCCGUUCUCACCGCCCUCCUGUACCUCUUCCUUGAGACCGUUGUCUCGAGGGUGUCAGCGGUGGAAGAUGCCAAAGGAUUCAUGCCGGUAGCUUUCGCUAUGCUGGGGGUGUCCGCCACCCGCUCGCGGAUGAAGAGGACUCUGGUUUUCGGGGUUAGAGUUCCAGUGGUGCUGGUGCCGUGGUUUAUGCUCUGCAUAGCGUGGUUUAUCCCCUGCUCUUCCCUCUUGUGCAACAUCUGUGGGCUCCUCGCUGGGGAAGCCUAUGGCCUCGGCUACUGUUUCUGCUUGGAUUUUCCAGAGUCAGUGGGCUCUAAGCUGGACCGGAUGUUCCCUUUCAGCCUGCUCAAGAGGAUACCGGGGCUGAAAUACAUCCCAGGGUCCUUAGCGGAAAGAAGAGCCUUCGAAAGCAGCAAGAUUAACCCUGUGCCAGGCGUCUACCCCACCCAAAGCUACUCCUGCUCUUCUCCUCCAGCUCUCCCUGCUCUCCAGAUGCAGCACCCCAGUGCCCAGAGCCGGGGGCCCCCGCUGGAGCCUCGCCUGGACAGUGCUGCCAGCUGGGCAGGUUCUCUCCCCCGCAGCGCACGUGCCCGACCGAUCCACGCGCACAUGUGGGCGUGGGCGCCCUGGCUGGGCUUCAGCAAGCGUCAGG